AUGGAGCUUAUGCCCAUACAAUUUUGCGACUGUGCGUUACUAGACAUAUUGAAGGCGAAAAUAGGUUCAUCUUCGCGAUUAUUAGAUAAAAUCGCACCAAAGUACGGUGCAGGACCUGUUGAGGAGAAAUGUGUGAAUUUUCUCUCGCAGAAUGUGAAAAAUUGGAAUAUAACUAUCACACAUAAAUCACUUCGCAUAACUAUCAUCACUAUGGCAACUUCAUUGCGUAGGCAUGAUCCGAAACUAUCGGCAUCUUUGUUGAGAAACUAUAGUUACAUAAAUUCUGAUGGAAUCCAGGAAUCACUUUCUGGAACGCCUCUUUUAUUGGAUGGCAAGGUCUACGACAUAUCUUCCCAGUCCUUUCUAACAAAGGAAAACUUCAAACCACUGCUGUGUUGCGUUCUCAAUGCUUGUUGUCAACACAAGUUUCUACUGGCCGAUCGCAUACUCACAGCAAUGGUUUCCUGCUUUACAGUAUCACCGGAAUUAUACAACCAACUGGUCGACGAGGAGUAUGUCAAGAAUAUGGAGCUGAUUUUAGAGAAUAUAUGCAAUGUUAAAGACUGGGAUAGGAGCAUUCCCUGCGUUAGAUUGCUGAAUUCAUGCUCACAUACAAUGAUGAUCCACCGAAGACGCGGGCCGCUUAGCAAAAUAUACCGCAGGGUCAUACGCAAAAUAUGCAAUGCCAUUGCUAAGUAUCAUAUGGCAAUCGAUGAAAAAGGAGCGAACAGCUCUUACGAACUCCGCAACUUGUAUGAAUCUGUGGCUCUGCUUCGAACAUUUCUCUUAUUACUCCUUAGUGUUGGAAUCAACUUUUAUGUCGAUAUUGAGCCUUUUCGAAGGUCUAUCAGAGACACGAAGACACUCGUCAUCAUAUCAAUGGCUAAACGUUGGGCCAUAGAUAGGUCCAGCAUGUGGGCGGCUAUUAACUUCGAUAAUCAGAACAUCCUCAAGAAUAUAAUUUGGAGAAAGGCUAGAAUCUCUGUCACCUUCACUGAUCCAAAAAUGAUGGAUCGUGAGGUGCCACUUUGGGAAGAAGGUGAUGCAUUUGCUUAUUUCACCCAUACUACUGCGACGUUAAUACCGAAAGAGGCACUUGAGCUUGUAAUAGAGCUACCGUUGAUCAGUUGCAUUGACAUCCAUGAAGAUGAGGAAACUUUGAAGUUUUAUUUCGACCUUAAUUUGACUUAUCUGAAGCGUACUCUACCAAAGCUGCUUGCUCUUGGAUUCAGAGACGAGAUCUCUCAACAAUAUCGAUUUACCGUCUCUUGCUUAAAAAAAUACUCUAGUGAAAACGCCGAAUAUGACAAAGCGGUGUUAAAGUACCACACAAUUGAUGCAACAAUGGAGGUCUUCCUACCACCGAAGAAUAAGAAGCUAUACUCUUCGUCGGAGCAAUCUGUUGUUAAUUCUGUGAGACGGCCGCAAAAACGGAGCUAUGCGAUAAUUGAGCUUCCUCCAGCAGGGAUUAUCCAGAGUACCAGUUGCGGGUACUAUGUAAAUAGUGGAGCCGGAACUCCCCACAGCAUUCCUAAACAUCUAAGAACCACCUCAUCUGGAUAUAACGAAGGAACGCCACAUAGAAGGGGUAACGACUCAUCUGUCGUGCCUCCGUCGAUCAAUAGGGUUACUACCACACGUACUACCGGCAGUUUUGUUCCAGAUGCAAAAGAGACGAAGACAACAGCUAGAAGCAAAUCAUUUGAAGCAACCACCUCUAUCUCUCAAAAGGCUAGCAUCGCCCUUUUGGCACUGCCACAGGAGGACCAAGGGACUGUCCCAGAUAGUUUGAUGGAAAUAUUUACUUGUGAGAAAACAACGCCUCUCUCAACGCAUCCAGCAACAAAUCUGGCUGUCGCUUCAUACAUCGAGCCCGUUGCCGAACAAGAAGUGGUGAACGAGGAAUUGACGACCAUUGCCCCGACUGUAGAACCUACCAUUGUCCAACCAGAGCAGCAAGACACGAGGGUUUUGUUUAUCCAUAGACCAAAGCGGCUACACAGAAUCAAGCGCAGGAGAACAAAAUCUAAGCGGAAGUCGUCUAAAAGUUCCUCACCCCGGAGCAGCAGUUCACCCGUUCCUAACCGACAGUACGGCACUUGUUCAUCUCUGAAGCGUGCUAAAGAGACGGAACCUGCAUAUCCGCAGAGUAUCGUGCGACAUCUAAAGCGCGCCACAAAACUGCUGCUGAAACGCAAGAACCAUAGAUGCGAGUACAUCCGCCGAGAAUUCGACGAACUAAGGAACACCAUAGAGACCAGGUUCCACCUAGUCCUGUGCCGAAGACAGGAACGGUGGAACCGCGUGAAUGCUACAUAUAUGAAGCGGUUGGACGACAUAGCAAGCGGCGUUGAAGAAGAUUUCAAACUUCCACAACUCCAUGAGAUUUCUAAGAGGCUCCCUGAGCCAAUAAGGCUACAGUCUACGCCUGAAGAGGACACUUGUAUGUCCACACUACAAGAAAUUGGAAGUGAUCCCAAUGAUUUCGAGGCCACUGUACAAUAA